AUGCCUCCAAAGAAAGGGAAGAAGAAGGGAGGAAAGAAGAAAGAGAGCGCUGAGGCACUUCGCCUGAAGCAGCUGUAUGCACUGGAGAGUGAGGCGGAGGAACUUCAAAAGCGUGAAAAUGACCGCCGUGAUCGAGAAGAACAGGAGGAGCGUCUCAUUUUGUGGAAGGAGGAACAGGUCCGCAUAAUCCGUGAGAAGGAUGGCAAGGUGAAGGAGCUUAUGGCGAAGGUGGAACAACUCACCACGUCCCUUCAUGAUGAGCGUGUGGCGUCGGAGGCUCAGGUGGAGCAACUUGUUUUGAUGCGAGACUCGCUGCUUAAUGAGGUGAGUCUGUUGCGUGUUGAGCUGGAGGAAAAGCAAAAGCUCCUCCUACAUGAGAAACAAAGCGCGGAGAUGAAACUGUACAGUGUACGGGAGGAAGCUGAAAAGAAUAUCAAGGCUCUUUCUGACGAGAUGGAGGAAAUGCGGUCGGAGUUUGCUCUCUUCAGGUUAGAGCAUGCGGAGUACAGAGAGAAGAUGGAGGAGACGUUGGACAAUAAGGAGGCAGAAAUACGUACACAGGCAUCAACAAUUGGUAAUCUGCGGCGCGAACUCGAGAAGGCGCUUGCCAUGAACCGUUCUUUGCAAGAAGUUGUGGAGACACGCGAGGCAGAUGAUCGAAAGAAUGUGACCCUCAUGCAACUACUUAACGCUCAACUUGAUGAAAACAAGCGCCGCUACGAGGAGCAGUAUGAGGAGCAACGGCGGUGCACUGGCAUUGCAAAGGAGGAGGUGUUGCAACUAGAGACGAAGUGUAUGAAGCUGCAGGAUGAGAUUGAUGUAUUGAAAAACGAAAAUGCAGAAUUCAAGCUCAAAUCAGACGUCAUGCUGCGCGAGUAUCAGCAACAAAUAGAGCAGGUCAGGAGUGACUCCGCAUAUUUGGCCGCAGAGCUUCGGGCUUUGCAUGAGAAGGCGAUACAGGAAACAGAGGCCACACAAACGGCCAAGAUAAGUCUUGAAGGAGAGCUACAGAAUACACUUGUUGAGCUGGAGGCCAACCAAAAACGUAUGGAGGAGUUGGAACUGCUGCUGCGACGCAAAGAACGGGAAACGUUUGAUAAGAUCACCUUUCUGAAUGCUCAAGUUUCAAAUAACCGGACCAUCAUUUCCCAAUUACAGCAGAAAUUAAUACAAGAGCGGAAGGUGCAUGAGACGGAGCUUAUGCGAACAUUUGAUGAGACGAAAGACAAGGAAAAGGAGCUUGAUGCGGUGCGCAACAGCUUUACACAGAAUCGGGAUGCUGCCAAAGAACGGGAAGCGCAACUCCUUUCGGAGGUUGCGGUACUGAAGGCAACAACGUUUCAUGUUCAGACGGCUCUGCAGGAUACACAGCGGAACUUGGAAGUUGUGGUGGCGGCAAAAGAUGAAGAGAUCAAGCGACUCUGCAACCUGCUGGACGCGCACUUUAUUCCCCACCGCAAGACCAUCGAGGGUGAAGUGACAACGUACGAGGGCACCAUUGCGAUUCUCAGCGAGAAGGUCGGCGAGCUGACGCGGGAGAUGGAGAUACGGGAACAGUUAGCCCUUGAGAAUGAGACUCAGCUCAAGGCCCGCAUUGCAAAUCAGGAGGAAGUUAUCGAGGCACUUCGAGAAGACCUGCGUUGCUCGCAAGCCCGGCGCCGUGAGGAGGUGCGGUCCGUCGAAGAAGAAGUUUCCCGCCUGAAGAAGACACUGGAGAUCCAUUUUAUCCCGUACGAGAUAUAA